CUAGGCUGUCUAGUCACUUGGGACCCCUAGUAUGCCCCGCAUCUAGCUUCACUUGGAGAUAGUGUCUCACCGCCUUUGCUUUCCAGACUGACUUGGAAACCCUGGUCUUUCCAAUCUUAGCCUGUCACAUAACUUGGGAUGACAGACGCUGUGUCAUCACACUGGGCUAUAGAUAAUGGGUCUUGCAAGCUUCUCUGCCCAGGUGGGCCUCAAACCAUAAUCCUUUUGAUCUCAGCUUCUCAAGUAGCUAAGAUUACAUGCAUCACCCACUACCACUUGGCUUAAUAUUUAGGUAGCGUCUUGCUUUUUGCCUGAGCCAGCCUGGGACCAUGAUUUUACUACUAUGCCUCCCACAAAGCUGAGAUAACAGUUGCACACCCCAAUGUCUGGCUUAUUUGUUGAGUGGGUCUUACUUUGUUUCCUGAGUAACUUUAUGUCCAGCUCUAACCUUUUAUUCUUUGGAAGUUGAUUUAUCUCAGGUAUUUUGUUAGAGUAAUGGAAGGUUGACAAAUGUGACACUAGUAAUCCUGUACUCUUAAUGCACUUCUCUGGUUGAUCCUCAUAGGUUAGUUGUCACAGAGGCACCUCCUGAGUGCGGCAGGAUAUUUAUAUAUGGGAGCAGGCCAUGGCAGAAAUGCUGGCUAUUAGGUGUCAUCUUACAGUCACAUUAGCCAAGUAAGGAGGCUUAACUUCAGUCGAGUAAGAAUCUUUGCAGUUACCAGUUGAAUUAGGGUCUGGUGGGGGUUUGUUUUUGGUGGUAGUUUUAAAGCAUAGUCUCAGUAACAUAUUUGCUAAGAAACUUAGACAUGGGAAAAGUAGAUUCUUGGAAUUUUACAUUGCUUGGGUAAAUUAACACUAAAUAUAGACCACCAAUUUUUUUUUUUUUUGGCUUGGGUUUAUGAGCCUCCUGCAAGUACUUGUGUGCCUCAGGAAGGCAGAGAAAGAACUACAGAAUUUGUAGAAAGGUUUGUUGUUGCUCCUGGAUAACUGAAUUUCCUCCCCGAUAUCCGAGCAGCCAAAAGCUCACAUUUUUGAACAAUGAACAAUUCCACCCAGGACACCAGCUCUCAUGGUAUUCAUGAAGAUGGAAAGCUCUAUGUUGUGGAUUCCAUAAAUGACUUAAACAAAUUAAACCUCUGUCCUGCCGGAUCCCAGCAGCUAUUCCCUCUGGAGGAGAAAAUCCCAGACCUUGGUGCAAACUCUGGGAAUGGAAGCCGGAGCCUGUUUUUCAUGGGGUUGCUCAUUGUGCUGAUUGUCAGCCUGGCACUGGUGUUCUUUGUGAUCUUUCUAAUAAUUCAAACUGGAACCAGGAUGGAUGAUGUCUCAAGAAGACUAACAGCUGAGGGAAAGAACAUAGAUGAUCUUAAGAAAAUAAACAACAUGAUCGUACAGAGACUUGACCAACUGGAUUCUGAACAGAACUAAAGAAAGCAUUGUCUAGGAGCAGAUGCUCACAGCUGGAGCUUCUCCUUCCUAAGAGUACAUGAGGUCAAGAACUGAGAAAGUACACAAAAGUGCAUACCAGGCAACAGAUGAUCUGGUCAACAAAAUCAGCUGGGUUAGGAUGUGAGCAGCACCAUGAUGCUGGAUUUGAAGAUACAGCUGGGAAGGGGCAAACUUGAUUCUGCCUCAUUGUCUGGUGGCUUCAGCUGUGGUGGGUGUUAGGGUAGGCGGCCAGCAUGGAGGAGUUAUCGACAGAAGUCCAGAGAAUUCAAGUGUGUUCAUAUCACUUCUCUUACAAAAGGAGCUUGGUCUAGAGCAAGUUCACUGCCAAAGGGGCCCAUGAGGCCUUAUAACUUGCAACAGGUUCCUAUGUAAACCUUAGGAACUUACUGAAAUAAUGUGUGGAAGGAAACCAUGGUGAUUCCUCUCUUUUAGUCAAAGACAUUCUUCUGCUCAGGGGAUUAGACUUUUAUGCUAUUAACCACGGUCAGUUAUGGAUGGGCUUCAGAGAAGUUGCUUUACAGUGAUUUCAUGGCUCCCAGGAGUAAGUUAUCUAUGACAUGAUGGGGCUGGGAGACAACAGACAACAAGCCUAGCUAAUGAAUGCUGUUGUUUACUGAGUUCUUUUCUGUGUAAGCUUUCCUGGCCUGGAGAAGCUCAUGAAAGAAUGGAAGAUAGAAGAUGCAGACCUCAGGAUCUUUUCAUUAACCUGAAGGAAAUCUGACAGAUGUGUGGUCUUUGCUCACCUAGAGCAAGCAAUUAUUUACCUGGAGUAUUUCCAUCCAGUCUCAUUUUAGCACAAAGUGUAAGGCACAUGGCAUGUGACAUAAGAGACAGUGCAAAAUUAAUGACUUGAAAGCAUGUGCAUCAUAGUCUUUUAUUUUAUAGGUAACUAUUGGGCAAGUCAAUUGAAGAACAUGUUGCAAUUCUUUGAUUUGGGGUGCUUCAAAAACAUGGAGCAUGUCUAGACCUUCUCCACUGAGCUUGGUUGAAGCUUGAGUUCGAGGCUCCAGGCACCCUUUCUGAAGGGCAGCCAAGAGCUUUCUGCCAGCAGAAGUGUGAACCAGCACCUGGGUGCUGAGGGGUAAGGACCUGAGGGAUCUGGACUCCUUCCACUUGCUCCCCAGGCAAACCUGGGAUGGUCAGCCCAAGAAACAGUGCUGCUGGGGCCUUGCCAAAAUAUGUGGCUGUGCAUCAGAAUUUCCUCUCCCCUACCCCAUUAAAUCAAAAUCAUCACAUCUUUGUUUUGAGUGGGGGCCUCCUAGUUCAAAUGUAUAAAGGGGUUACCAUCAUAUAAGUCAGGUAAAGAGUACAUUUUGAGGGGAACAAUGUCACCCCUUC